AUGACCUUCGAUUCUGAGAAACAGAAUGAUUCCAAGGUGGGCGUCCAGGACUAUGUUGGCGACCUCUCGUCCACCCCUUUCGCCAAUGCCGACAAGUUGGCUCGUCGCCUAUCGGCGCGUCAAGUGCAGAUGAUUGCCAUCGGCGGUACCAUUGGAACAGGUCUGUUCCUGGGAACUGGUGAAUCCAUCGCCAAAGGUGGUCCUGCCUCGACAUUGAUCGCCUAUGCGAUUUGCGGUGGCAUUAUUUUCAUCACAAUGCUGAGUCUUGGUGAGAUGGCGGCCUUUAUUCCAGUGGCUGGUUCCUUUUGUACUUUUGCGGGUCGAUUUGUCGACGACGCGCUUGGUUUUGCAUUGACCUGGAACUACUGGUUCAACGAUGCUGUGUCAACCGCUUCUGAUAUUAUCGCGUUACAGUUAUUACUGGAAUUCUGGACUGAUAAUUUUCCCGGUUGGGCGAUCAGCUUGAUCUUCUUGGUUGUGGUCAUUGCAUUGAAUAUGCUCUCCGUGCGUGUCUAUGGUGAAGUCGAGUACUGGCUCAGCUUACUGAAAGUGGUCACCAUUAUUAUAUUUAUCAUUCUCGGUAUCGUGGUCAACUGUGGCGGCAACACCAAACACGAAUACAUUGGCGGUAAAUACUGGAACACCGGAGACGCACCUUUUGUCGGUGGUAUAGGUGGAUUUGCCUCGGUCUUCGUGACAGCCUCCUUUGCUUACGGUGGGACCGAGUCCAUCGCCAUCACCGCUGGUGAAACCAAGGACCCUGCCAAGAACCUGCCCAAGGUUGUACGCAACGUCUUCUGGCGUAUUGUAUUGUUCUAUCUGCUUUCCAUCCUUCUGGUUGGCUUGAACGUCCCUUACAAUUACCCCAACCUCUCCAGUGGCGAUACGCGCGUCAGUCCCUUCACCAUCGUCUUCACAGAGGCCGGCAGUGCUGUCGCCGGUAGCUUCAUCAAUGCUGUGAUCAUGACCUCGGUGAUUUCCGCCGCCAACCACGCUCUAUUUGCCGGAUCUCGCCUCCUCUACACCCUCGCCGUGGAUGGCUAUGCACCCCGCUUCUUCGGUCACUUGAACCGCUUUCACGUUCCCUGGGUCGCGGUUCUGGCUACAUCCGUCAUCAGCGGUCUAUGUUUCGGCGCCAGUUACAUUGGUGCCGGUACGCUGUGGUCAUGGCUGCAGAAUAUCGUCGGCGUCUCCAAUCAAUUGUCCUGGAUUUGCAUUGGGCUCGCAUCCCUGCGCUUCCGGGCUGCCGUUCGCGAACAGGGCAUCGAACAUCUGCUCCCAUUCAAAAAUUGGACUUAUCCUUACGGUCCCAUUUUCGCCGUGGGUCUGAACAUAGUCUUGGUCCUCGUGCAGGGCUGGAAAUGCUUCAGCCCGCAUUUCAAGGCUGUUUCCUUUGUCUCGUACUACAUUGAGAUCCCGAUCAUGCUUGUCAUGUUCGUAGGAUGGAAAUUGAUCAAGCGGACCAAGUUCGUCCACAAGUCUGAGAUGGAUCUGCGCACCGAUCGCUAUGAUGGAGGGCUGGAAGAUACGCCUUUUCCUCGUGAGCUGGAGCAGGAGCCUAGCCGCAAGGGGUGGGUGGGCAAGUUACAGCGCUGCGGCCAGUGGUUAUUUUUCUAG